UCUCUCUCUCACUCUCUCUCUCUCUCUCUCUCUUCUCUUCCAUUGCAAACUGGGAAUUGGAAAAAGAAGAAAGAGCAAAAGACAUCAUAAAGAAAUUGACUAAUCCAUCAAACCCAUGUAAACAGUACUGUCUUACUACCAUUUUCUCCUUUCUUCUCGGUAAAGCACAAAUAUCUGCCCCUUCCUCUCUGUCUCUUUAUUUUACCGCACAAGACUUUCUUUGUUUCCUUUUCCAUUGAAGAAGAAAGAUGCCAAGGCCAGGCCCUAGACCUUACGAGUGUGUAAGAAGAGCUUGGCAUAGCGAAAGACACCAACCCAUCCGAGGUUCCAUCAUUCAGCAGAUUUUAAGGCUCGCUAUCGACACUCAUAGCACAGCUACUAAAAAAAACAAGGAAUGGCAAGAUAAAAUACUUACUGUCAUCUUCAAAGCUGAGGAGAUUAUGUAUUCCAAAGCCAAUUCUGAGUCGGAAUAUAUGAACCCGGAAACCUUAUGGGACCGUGUUAAUGAUGCCAUCAACACGAUUAUCCGUAGAGAUGAGAGCACUGAAACAGGAGAGCUUUUGCCACCUUGUGUUGAAGCGGCCCUAAAUCUGGGGUGCCAUCCAGUGAGAGCUUCGAGGAGCCAACGGCACUGUAUUCCUAGGACUUACCUAACACCAAGAGCACAAGAACCUAUUUCUGCAGCUCCUAGGGUUUUGGAUAAAGGUGGUGAGGAAAGGUGUCCUCAGUUAUCGCCAGUUCACUCUGGCAGUCAAUUCACAAGAAUAGCCACCAAUGUGAAUUCGAACAUUUCGGUUUCACAAACUAACCGUCAUAGUUAUCCUUUCCUGUCUGACAAUUGUCCACCUGGCCAUGACCAAUUGACGAGGAUGGAAACUAACACCCGGCCGAACUUGGGUCAAGUUUAUCCCCUGUAUUAUGGAAUUCACUAUCAAAAUGUAGAGUCUCAGACAGGUUCUCCAGUUCAGGAAAAUAUAGCAUCUGAUAAUAUAAUUGUUGGGAGACCUAUUGGUACAUCGGUUGCACAGCCAGUUGAAAUCGGUUCCUUGCAGAAUCUCUUUUCAUCUUCUGAUGUUGAUGUUGGUGGUAAAAGAAUUGGACAGCAAGAUAUCAGGCACACCAAUGAGAAGUCAUUUGGGACAGAAUGUGAUUUGUCCUUGCGGUUAGGUCUAUUUUCUGACCCUUGUAUGCAUGUAGAAAAGAAUUCAAUCGGUGAAACUGAAGAUGUUGGUCCAAGCAGCUCUCAAGAAGGGGGCAAAGUUAAUGAGGCUUUUCAACAAAAGAGUAAAGAGUUCUGUUUUUUUCCGGAAAGGAAUGUGAAUGAUCAUUAUGAAUCAUUUUCAAGAAAGUGGAUUAUAGACAUUGAAGGUCGCAAUUUGGGGGCAACAAUGAGAAAACGUAAGGCAACAUUUGGAGGCAAUUCGGAAGAUGAACAAUUUUGCUGGCAACCAGGGCCCUCAUCUAAUAAUUGAAAAAAUGGGCCAGGUUUGUAGACAAUACUUUUUUUGUUGUAGUUUGUCCUUCAAAAUUGAAGAUCUCUGGAUCGUUUUAGUGAAUCCCUUUUGCAAUCUUUAUUUUCUAAGUAGAUCUGAUUGUAAAAUUUAAAUGCUGACCAAGAGUUGCAUUGUUGGGAUGCAGCGGAGAGUGAAUUGUAAAUAAAAUCUGAGCAUGAUUGAUAUCUAA